AUGGUCAAUUCAUCAGGACAAGUGUGGCAUUCCGAAUGUUUUGUAUGUGCACAAUGCUUUGAGCCAUUUCCAGACGGAAUCUACUUCGAAUUUGAAGGUAGAAAGUACUGUGAACACGAUUUCCACGUUUUGUAUGCUCCAUGCUGUGGAAAAUGCAACGAGUUCAUCGUUGGACGCGUUAUCAAAGCAAUGAACGCUAGCUGGCAUCCGCAAUGCUUCUGUUGUGAACUCUGCAAUCGACAGUUGGCGGACAUCGGAUUUCUUCGUAACGCAGGCCGCGCAUUGUGCCGCGAAUGCAAUGAGCGCGAGAAAGCAGCUGGUACUGGCCGUUACGUGUGCCACAAGUGUCAUGCCAUGAUCGACGAAGGUCAACAUAUAAAAUUCCGUGGCGACUCGUUCCAUCCGUAUCAUUUUCGGUGCAAACGUUGCAGUUGCGAAUUGACAACUGCAUCAAGAGAGGUUAAUGGAGAGUUAUACUGUUUGAGAUGCCAUGACACGAUGGGAAUUCCAAUUUGUGGAGCUUGCCACAGACCGAUCGAGGAACGCGUCGUUGCCGCUCUCGGAAAACAUUGGCAUGUUGAACACUUUGUGUGCUCAGUCUGCGAAAAGCCUUUCUUGGGUCAUCGUCAUUAUGAAAGAAAAGGAUUGCCCUAUUGUGAGCAGCACUUCCACAAGCUGUUCGGUAAUAUUUGCUUCAAGUGUGGUGACCCUUGUUGCGGAGAAGUUUUCCAGGCUCUUCAAAAAACUUGGUGCGUCAAAUGCUUCUCGUGCAGCUUCUGCGAUAAGAAACUAGAUCAAAAAACGAAAUUCUAUGAAUUUGAUAUGAAACCAACGUGCAAACGAUGCUAUGACCGAUUCCCAACGGAAUUGAAGAAGAGAAUUUCGGAAAGCUUGAAAGACAGAGACCUUGAGAAUCAGAGAAGAUCGAUGAGCCCUGGACCAAAGUAA